AUGUUUGUUAUCAAGAGAGGUAUGAUCUCCAUCCCGUCCACCGAGGACAUGGAACUCGUCUCUAAUGAAUCCAUUGCAGACGGACGCAAGGAACGCGUGCAGUUCGACAAAAUCACUGCUCGAGUCUCCAGACUGUGCUAUGGCCUUGAUCCAGACCACGUUGAUGCAGCCGCCAUCACGCAGAAGGUCAUCUCUGGUGUCUACCAGGGCGUGACCACGGUCGAACUGGACAACCUUGCAGCCGAGACCGCAGCGUAUAUGACAGUCACCCAUCCCGACUAUGCAAUCCUCGCUGCACGUAUUGCCGUGUCAAACCUCCACAAGCAGACCAAGAAGCAAUUUUCCUCCGUGGUCUCUGACCUCUACCACUAUGUCAACCCGAAAAACCAGAAACCCUCCCCCAUGAUCUCCAAGGAGACCUUCGAGUGUGUCAUGAGGCACGCCGAUGAGUUCAACUCUGCAAUCGUCUAUGACCGAGACUUCAACUACCAAUACUUUGGUUUCAAGACGUUGGAGAGAUCAUACCUCCUCAAGAUUGGCAAGCAAGUCGCUGAACGGCCCCAACACAUGCUUAUGCGUGUCGCCGUUGGCAUCCACGGUGACGAUGUUGAAAAGGCCAUCGAGACGUACAAUCUCAUGUCCCAGAAGUGCUUUACCCACGCUUCGCCCACCCUGUUCAAUGCCGGGACACCUCAACCUCAAUUGUCCUCUUGCUUCCUGAUAGACAUGAAAGAGGACAGCAUCGAGGGCAUCUACGACACCCUCAAGACCUGUGCCAUGAUCUCCAAGACAGCCGGAGGUAUUGGCCUCAAUGCUCAUUGCAUUCGUGCCACAGGAUCCUACAUUGCAGGCACCAAUGGAACCUCCAAUGGUCUUAUCCCCAUGCUCCGCGUCUUCAACAAUACUGCUCGCUAUGUCGAUCAGGGCGGCAACAAGCGCCCAGGUGCUUUUGCCAUCUACCUCGAGCCAUGGCACGCAGACGUGUUUGACUUUUUGAACCUGAGAAAGAACCAUGGCAAAGAAGAGGUCAGAGCGCGGGACUUGUUCUACGCCCUGUGGACUCCUGACUUGUUCAUGGAACGCGUGGAGAAGAACCAAGAAUGGACUCUCUUCUGCCCGCAUGAAGCACCUGGUCUUUCUGACGUCUAUGGUGACGAAUUCAACGCUCUGUACGAGAGAUAUGAGAAGGAGGGCCGUGGUCGUCAGACCGUCAAGGCUCAGAAGCUUUGGUAUGCUAUCCUCGAGGCACAGACCGAAACCGGUACUCCCUACAUGCUCUACAAGGACGCCUGCAACAGAAAGAGCAACCAGAAGAACUUGGGUACCAUCCGAAGCUCUAACCUCUGCACUGAGAUUGUCGAAUAUACGGCUCCUGAUGAGGUCGCCGUGUGCAAUCUGGCCUCCCUCGCACUCCCGACCUUCGUGGACCAGGCCCGAGGUGAAUAUGACUUCGGUCGUCUUCACGAGGUCACCCAGGUUGUCACUCGUAACCUGAACAAGAUUAUCGAUAUAAACUACUACCCGGUGCCCGAAGCGAAGAAGAGCAACUUCCGACACCGACCCGUCGGCCUGGGAGUUCAAGGUCUCGCCGACGCCUUCCUUGCCCUGCGUCUCCCCUUCGACUCUCCCGAGGCCAGGCAACUGAAUAUUCAAAUCUUCGAGACGAUUUACCAUGCUGCUCUCACUGCUUCUUGCGAACUCGCAAAGGAGCAGGGUCCAUAUGAGACGUACCAGGGCAGCCCAGUCUCGCAGGGCAUUCUUCAAUACGACAUGUGGAACGUCACUCCCUCAGACUUGUGGGAUUGGGACUCGUUGAAAGCCGAGAUUGCCAAAUAUGGUGUCCGUAACUCUCUGCUUGUCGCCCCCAUGCCCACAGCAUCGACUUCUCAGAUUCUCGGCAACAACGAAUGCUUCGAGCCGUACACAUCUAAUAUCUACUCUCGCCGUGUUCUUGCCGGAGAAUUCCAAGUUGUCAACCCUUGGCUGCUGAAGGAUCUCGUCGACUUGGGUCUGUGGUCUGAUAACAUGAAGAAUCGGAUCAUCGCCGACGGCGGUUCCAUCCAAAACAUCCCCAACGUUCCCGCGGACAUCAAAGCUCUGUACAAGACCGUAUGGGAAAUCAGCCAACGGACCGUCCUGCAAAUGGCAGCAGACCGUGGUGCCUUUAUUGAUCAAUCCCAAUCUCUCAACAUCCACUUGAAGGAGCCAACCAUGGGCAAGAUCACGAGCAUGCACUUCGCGGGCUGGAAGAUGGGUCUCAAGACCGGCAUGUACUACCUGCGCACCAUGGCCGCCACGCAACCUAUUCAAUUCACUGUCGACCAAGAACAGCUGAAGGUUGCAGACACAAACACAGCUCGAGAACGAUCUGCACCAAAGAAACGUACCUCUUUGGGUUUCGCAGCCAGUGUGAGCAAUUACAACUCGAUUCCGCGACCGAUGUAUCAAUCCAAGACAAGCAGUUUCAAUGGGAGCCAAACCACAUCAAUGAACGGCAUCCCAACGCCAACAUCCACGCCUCCUCCCGGCAGUGAAAACAAGCAAGUCGGGCUGAUGACCCAAAAACUUGCAAAGACCCAUCUCAGUGGAAGUGGCGAGUCCAGCGAGGAACCAUCGCCCAAAGUCCUCCCCACAGACCCCGUCGGUCUAUCACCAGACGCCAUGGCUGAUGAGAGUCUUGAGACCCGGAUGAUGAGGGGCAAGCAAGAAGAAGACAAGGAGAGCGAGAGUGGAGAACGGGAAGAAGAUAUUUAUGCACAGAAGGUGCUCGCAUGUGAGUCUCCAGCCUGCUUUUCCAUCCUUGUGUGA